GGGAAAUGAUAGGGAGGGAGGAAACCUACAGGCGUAAAGCCGCCGCUUCGUGUCGACGCGCCCCCCUCGCGACCUCCAUCCUCCAUCCUCGCCCCCCCUCGUCUCCGUACCAGGACCUCGCGCGCAUCUCGCCCGCCCCUCCGCUCACUCGCCUAGGUCUAGGGUUCCGGCGGCCGAUUCGGGCCGAAUUGGGCCGCGCGGCGGCGGAUCAGGGGUCGGAGGCGCGGGGGAGAUAUGACGGGGAAGAAGCGGAAGGCGGAGGCGGCGCGGCUGGACGAGACGGACCGGGCCAUGUACGGCGCGUUCCGGGGCGCCGCCAACUCGCUCUCGCAGCUCUACACGCUCGCCAUGGGCGGCCAGAAGCUCUCCUUCCAGGCCGGCGAGCGCCACGCCAUGGAAAAGCUGUAUGAAUGGAUCUUAAGACAGCAUGAAAAUGGCUUGAGGCUGACAGUGGGUGAUAUAGCCUCGCACGUCCAGCAUGAGAUUCAGUAUGGAGGCGACAAUCCGUUGGCCUCUCCAAGAUCACAAUAUGCAAGCCAAAGCACUCAGGCUACCGUGCAUAUGCCCAACACAAGCAGCCAGCAACCAUCUGCGAGCUUAUUUGCACUAGGAAACCCAGGGUUGACGCAGCCCAAGAACUCGGCGGUCUUUUCCAACGCACUAUCCAGCCCCGUGCGCCGGGGCCUGCAACCAUACCAUCUGGAUCAGGGUGGGGAUGCAGGCUACUUUGCGAACGGCUUGGCCCGCGAGCCGAAUCCCACGGCUUCAAACGACUCAUCCAUGGACAUGCAUUCGGACAGCCCAGCUCACGACUCCUCCUGAGCAGUGCUGCUACACAGAGAUGGAAGAACAGCAUGCACAUCCAGUGAAGGGACAAACUGGAAGAACAGCAUAUCCAGUGAAAGAAAGAACUGGCCGCGAGAUGGCUGUCGUCACCGAUCAAGUAGGACUAUUCAAUUUAACCCCCACCCUCCAUAGCCUGUUAUAUGCUAUAAGCAAUGUCUUAUGUUUGUCACUCCUCUCCUGCUUAGUCUGUUGCUUUGUCAAGAUACUGUGUAACCUUUGUGGGCCUGUGUUUUCUUCUGGGUAAAAUUGUAAAACUUUAUUUAUCUGUGCAUAUUACUGUCGGUCUGUUGUCAAGUGUUUGGUGGCAAAUAGCCGAGAAAGAAAAACCUAUCAACAGUA